GGUCCCGGCGGGGGAUCCCGGACGAGCCCGAGGGUGCCGGGGGCCGCUCGCCCCGGCUGGGCCCCCUCAUGGCGCUCAGCCUGGACCGCGAGGCCUUUUCGCGGCGGUUGCGGCGGCUCUACGCGAGCUGGCAGAAAGGCGAGGAUGAGUUCGGGGGCGUCGACGCCAUCGUGGUGGCCGUGGGGGUGGACGAGGAGAUCGUGUACGCCAAAUCCACGGCGCUGCAGACGUGGCUGUUCGGGUACGAGCUCACCGACACGGUGAUGCUGUUCUGCGAGGAGCGCGCGCUCUUCCUGGCCAGCCGCAAGAAGGUCGAGUUCCUCAAGCAGGUGGCGCAGGGCAAGGGCGCCGAGGGCGGCGGCAACGGGCUGCCGGCGGUCACGCUGCUCGUCAGGGAAAAGAACGAGAGCAACAAGGCCAACUUCGAGAAGCUGAUCGAGGCGCUCAAGGGCAGCCGGGGCGGGCGGCGCCUCGGCGUCUUCGCCAAGGACAAAUUCCCCGGGGAGUUCAUGAAGAGCUGGAACGACGCGCUGAGCAAGGAGGGCUUCGAGAAGGUGGACGUGAGCGCGGCCGUGGCGCAGGCCAUGGCGGCCAAGGAGGAGGGGGAGCUGCAGCUGAUGCGCAAGGCGGCCGCCAUCACCUCCGAGGUCUUCACCAAGUUCUUCAAGGAGCGCGUCAUGGAGAUCGUCGACGCCGACGAGAAGGUGCGCCACAGCAAGCUGGCCGAGGCGGUGGAGAAAGCCAUCGAGGAGAAGAAAUUCCUGGCGGGCGCCGACCCCUCGGCCGUGGAGAUGUGCUACCCUCCAAUCAUCCAGAGUGGGGGCAACUACAACCUCAAAUUCAGCGUGGUCAGCGACAAGAGCCACAUGCACUUUGGGGCCAUCACCUGCUCCAUGGGGAUCCGCUACAAAUCCUACUGCUCCAACCUGGUGCGCACGCUGAUGGUGGACCCGCCGCAGGACAUGCAGGAGCACUACGGCUUCCUGCUGCAGCUGCAGGAGACGCUGCUGCGCGAGCUGCGACACGGUGCCAAGCUCUGCGACGUCUACGCCGCCGUCAUGGACGUGGUCAAGAAGCAGCGGCCGGAGCUGCUGGGCAAGAUCACCAAGAAUUUGGGGUUCGCCAUGGGCAUCGAGUUCCGCGAGGGCUCCCUGGUCAUCAACAGCAAGAACCAGCAGCGCCUCAAGAAGGGGAUGGUUUUCAGCAUCAACGUGGGGCUCUCGGACCUGCCCAACAAGGAGGGCAAGCGGCCGGAGGAGCGGACGUACGCGCUCUUCAUCGGCGACACCGUCAUGGUGGACGAGGACGGCCCGGCCGUGGUGCUGACGUCCGUCAAGAAGAAGGUGAAGAACGUCGGCAUCUUCCUCAAGAACGAGGACGAGGAUGAGGAGGAGCCGGACAAGGACGCGGCCGAGGAUCUCCUGGGGCGCAGCUCCCGCGCCGCCCUGCUGACCGAGCGCACGCGGAAUGAACUGACCGCCGAGGAGAAGCGCCGGGCGCACCAGAAGGAAUUGGCCACGCAGCUCAACGAGGACGCGCGGCGGCGCCUGACGGAGCAGCGGGGCGAGCAGCAGACACAAAAGGCCCGCAAGUCGAACGUGUCGUACAAGAGCGCGGCGCUGCUGCCCAAGGAGCCGCACGUGCGCGAGAUGAAGAUCUACAUCGACAAGAAGUACGAGAGCGUCAUCAUGCCGGUGUUCGGCAUCGCCACGCCCUUCCACAUCGCCACCAUCAAGAACAUCAGCAUGUCCGUGGAGGGCGACUACACCUACCUGCGCAUCAACUUCUUCUGCCCGGGCAGCGCCCUGGGCCGCAACGAGGGCAACAUCUUCCCCAACCCCGAGGCCACCUUCGUCAAGGAGAUAACGUACCGCGCCUCCAACCUGAAGCCGCCGGGCGAGCAGACGGUGCCGGCGUCCAACCUGCAGAACGCCUUCCGCAUCAUCAAGGAGGUGCAGAAGCGCUACAAGACCCGGGAGGCCGAGGAGAAGGAGAAGGAGGGCAUAGUGAAGCAGGACUCGCUGGUGAUCAACCUGAACCGCAGCAACCCCAAGCUGAAGGAUCUCUACAUCCGCCCCAACAUCGCCCAGAAGAGAAUGCAGGGGGCGCUCGAGGCACAUGUGAACGGUUUCCGCUUCACCUCGGUGCGGGGGGACAAGGUGGACAUCCUGUACAACAACAUCAAGCACGCCGUGUUCCAGCCCUGCGACGGGGAGAUGAUCAUCGUGCUGCACUUCCACCUCAAGAACGCGAUCAUGUUCGGCAAGAAGCGGCACACGGACGUGCAGUUCUACACCGAGGUGGGCGAGAUCACCACGGACCUGGGCAAGCACCAGCACAUGCACGACCGCGACGACCUCUACGCCGAGCAGAUGGAGCGGGAGAUGCGGCACAAGCUGAAAACCGCGUUCAAGAAUUUCAUCGAGAAGGUCGAGGCGCUGACCAAGGAGGAGCUCGAGUUCGAGGUGCCCUUCAGAGAACUGGGGUUCAACGGCGCCCCGUACCGCAGCACCUGCCUGCUGCAGCCCACCAGCAGCGCCCUGGUCAACUGCACGGAAUGGCCCCCGUUUGUGGUGACCCUGGACGAGGUGGAGCUGAUCCACUUUGAGCGCGUGCAGUUCCACCUCAAGAACUUCGACCUGGUGAUCGUCUACAAGGACUACGCGCGCAAGGUGACCAUGAUCAACGCCAUCCCCGUGGCCUCGCUCGACCCCAUCAAGGAGUGGCUCAACUCGUGUGACCUCAAGUACACCGAGGGCGUUCAGUCGCUGAACUGGACCAAGAUCAUGAAAACGAUCGUGGACGACCCCGAGGGCUUCUUCGAGCAGGGGGGGUGGAGCUUCCUGGAGCCCGAGGGAGAGGGCUCGGAGGCGGAGCCAGGUGAGUCGGAGUCGGAGCUGGAGGACGAGACCUUCAACCCCUCGGAGGAGGACGAGGAGGAGGAGGAGGACAGCGAUGAAGAUUAUUCAUCUGAGGCUGAGGAGUCAGAGUACUCCAAGGACUCUCUGGGCAGUGAGGAGGAGAGCGGCAAGGACUGGGACGAGCUCGAGGAGGAGGCGCGGAAAGCCGACCGCGAGAGCCAGUACGAGGAGGAGGAGGAGCGCGGGCGCGGCCGCAAGAGGAAGGGUCCCCCCGGCCGGGGCCGCCCCCACCCCCCCAAAAAGAAGAGGAAGUGACGGGGCCGCCCCUCC